AUGGCGCACGACCUGUGCGAUGACUUGGAGCUCGUCGCCGGCUGCGGCUAUGACGACUACCUGGACGACUUCCAUUUCCAUGACGAUGACGGCUUCCCCUCCUCUACUGCCAGCGGUGGUGCGUCCGGUCUCCAGUUGCGGCAGCAUGAGCAGAUGGAUAAUACUUCAGCUUUGGACUAUAAAGAAGGGAAAGACAUGCAAGGAAUACCCUGGGAAAGACUGAACUACACUAGGGAUCAGUAUCGUCAGAUGAGGUUGAAAGAAUACAAGAGCUAUCAGAACCUCACGAGGUCGCGCAGCGGGCUAGAACAGGAAUGCAAACAAGUGGAGAGGAAGGAUACCUUCUAUGAUUUCCAUUUGAACACGAGAGCUGUCAAAUCAACAAUAGUGCAUUUUCAGCUGAGGAACCUCCUAUGGCCUACUUCGAAGCACGACGUGUACCUGGUGCAGAACUACUCUGUGAUGCACUGGUCUGCCCUGCUCCAGAGAGGAAGAGAGGUGCUCAAUGUGGCCGGCCGAUGGGCCCCGACACAGAAUGUGAAGGGGUCUAGACCAUUGUCGAGGGUUCAGAUCAGCACCAUGGCUGUGAAGGACAACCUCAUGGUGGCCGGCGGCUUCCAGGGAGAACUCAUCUGCAAGUAUGUUGAUAAACCCGGGGUGGCAUUCUGCACGAACCUGACCGGCGACGACAACUCCACCACGAACGCCGUCGACAUCUACCAGGCACCCAACGGUGCCACUCGAGUGAUGGCGGCGAACAACGACUGCAUGGUCAGAACGUUCGACGCCGAUAGAUACAGCCUGCUCACCCAGUUCACCUUCCCAUGGUCUGUCAACAGCACGUCGGUGAGCCCCGACGGCAAGCUGCUGGCGGUACUGGGCGACAGCACGGAGUGCGUGAUCGCCGACCCGCAGUCGGGCAAGGCGAUGGCGACGCUGCGCGGGCACCAGGACUAUUCCUUCUCGUCGGCGUGGCACCCCGACGGCCGCGUCCUGGCGACGGGGAACCAGGACGGGACGUGCCGGCUGUGGGACGCGCGCAGCCUCUCGGAGCCGUUCGCGGUGCUCGGGGGCCGGAUCGGCGCCGUCCGGGGCCUCCGGUUCUCCCCCGACGGCAGGUUCCUUGCCGCGGCCGAGGCCGCCGACUUCGUGCACGUGUACGACGCCGCGGCCGGGUACGUCGGCGCCGCGCAGGAGGUGGCGCUGUUCGGGGAGGUGGCCGGCGCCGCGUUCAACCCCGACGGCGAGGCGCUGUUCGUCAGCGUCGCGGACCGCACCUACGGCGGCCUGCUCGAGUUCCGCCGCCGGAGGGCGUACGGCUACCUCGACUCGUGUUUCUUCUGA